AUGGUCUCAGCGAUCUCGGCGAUAUCUCGGCGUGAGUGCCUGAAGCGCGGCGCUUUCAAGAAGAUUGCGCGGCGCGUGAGCUCGUGUGCUUACGAGGAGCGGGGGGGGGAGAAGGCGGAGGCGGGGGAGGAGGGGAGGGAGGCGGAGAGGGGGGAGGAAACGGAGGAGGGGAAGGAGGCGGAUGAGGGGGGGAAGGAGCAGGUGACGGAGGGGGGAAAGGAGCAGGUGAAGGAGGGGGGAAAGGAGCAGGUGAAGGAGGGGGAAAAGGAGCAGGUGAAGGAGGGGGAAAAGGAGCAGGUGAAGGAGGGGGGAAAGGAGCAGGUGAAGGAGGGGGGAAAGGAGCAGGUGAAGGAGGGGGGAAAGGAGCAGGUGAAGGAGGGGGAAAAGGAGCAGGUGAAGGAGGGGGGAAAGGAGCAGGUGAAGGAGGGGGAAAAGCGGGAGGAGGGGGAGGAAAACCGGCAAGAUCACCAACAGCAGCUGUAA